UUGAAAUAUUUAAGUAAAAGUGCAUGUGUGAAUAGCGAUUUAAAUUAUUCUUUAUCAAGUUGUAUAUUCCUUUUAUGAGAGUAUACCUAAUAUUUUAGUCACGAUUUUUUAUUAACAGUGAUUAAUUUAAAGUGGGAAAUCGGCCUCUUGUUUUAUGUCAAUAUCACCCUCAACUCUGCCAACCUAUACAAUUUACUGUCUGCACGUGUUUUAUUAUUACUAUUAGGCAGUAUAACUAGUAUAUGUAUAACAAUAAUUGUAAACUGGCUGUGAGUCAUGACUGCUCAUGAUGCAGUUAAAAGUAUGUACAGUUUGUCAAGUUCUAUCAAUAUGAAAGGAGAAGCCCAGGAAGAGUUGUAUAUUCUAGACUUGGUCAUUAGCAGGAGUUCAAAUCCUUUGGUGGCAACAAGUUUAUCUGAUGGAAAUAUUCAGCUUUUUAAAUUAGAAGGACUUCAGAAAACAGAUUCUAUUAAAAGGCAUGGAGAAGUUUUAACUGGGAUUAGAUUUAGUCAUGAAAACCCUCAGAUUUUAUGGUCAUCCUGUAGUGAUGGAAAAAUUUGUUGUUGGGACCUCAGGCAAGAAAUAAAUAAGCCAGUUAAAGAGUUAAAAGACACUAGUGACAAUGAAGUAAAACCUAUUAGCUGUUUUGAUGUUGACUUGAGUGACACCUUUGUUUGUGGUGGGACUGAACUUAUCAAUGAAGAUAGUUUUUUACUAUUUUGGGAUGUGAGAACAUCACAAUUAUUAGGUGGUUACUGGGAUUCCCACACAGAUGAUAUAACUGAGGUUAGAUACCAUCCCUAUAAACGAGAUGUUUUAGCUUCUGGAUCAACUGAUGGACUUAUCAAUAUCUUUGAUGUUAAGGAGACCACAGAAGAGGAUGCUUUGCAAUUGACAUUAAAUAGUAAUUCUUCUGUUGUAAGUAAUCA